ACUUCUCUGAUUUCAUUUGCGCAUUGAACGAAAAUUAGGGUUUGUAGUGUAGCAGGAACAAGCAGCAAUGGCGCCGAAGGUAACACGCAAGGUUAGCAGAAACCCCGAAUUGAUAAGGGGAAUUGGAAAGUACUCGAGGUCGCAGAUGUACCACAAGAGGGGCAUUUGGGCUAUCAAGGCCAAAAAUGGUGGCGUCUUACCUCGCCACGACCCUAAACCCAAACCUGAAACACCCGCUGAAAAACCACCCAAAUUUUACCCUGCUGAUGAUAUCAAGAAGCCCCUUGUCAACAAGCACAAACCCAAACCCGCUAAGCUCAGGGCUAGCAUUACUCCGGGAACAGUGUUGAUUCUUCUUGCUGGUAGAUUUAAGGGAAAGAGGGUAGUCUUUUUGAAGCAGCUUCCUUCUGGAUUGCUUCUUGUAACUGGUCCUUUCAAGGUUAAUGGAGUUCCUUUGAGACGUGUGAAUCAGGCCUAUGUUAUUGGCACAUCGACCAAAGUAGAUAUCUCUGCUGUUAAUGUUGACAGCUUUGACGACAAAUACUUUGCGAAGGAAGCCCAGAAGAAGAAGAAGAAGGGAGAAGGCGAGUUCUUUGAGGCAGAGAAAGAGGAAAAGAGUGUGUUGCCCCAGCAGAAGAAAGAUGACCAGAAAACUGUGGACGCUGCAGUGUUAAAAGCCAUUGAGAGUGUGCCAGACUUGAAGUCCUAUUUGGGUGCCAGGUUUUCUCUGAAGGCCGGGGUGAAACCUCAUGAGCUAGUCUUCUAGAGGAAAGAGGGGUGUUACUCUUGUUUUUGAUAUCGUGUUUGUUUAUUGAUGCUGGUGCUUAUAGUUGCCCUCUUAUAACAUUCUUGUUAGCAGACAAAUGAAGAACCUAAAAUUUUGUUAGUCAAAUUGUGACGCGUGCUCUCUACCUUUUGUUGAUUGUGUGAAUUUUAGAUAUUGUGUGGACCUUUAGCAUGCCAAAUGAAAAAAAAUUGGAAACAGAUAUACAUGUGGCAAGGCUGGUGAAUGGUACUUGUAAAGAACCGUGGUAGUAGUAAAAUGGGUAUGAACAAUUAUCAUGCAAAA